AUGAACAGAUACGAUCGUGCCAUCACCAUUUUCUCGCCGGACGGCCACUUAUUCCAAGUGGAAUACGCCCAAGAGGCUGUCAAAAAAGGAUCCACCGCUGUUGGAGUUCGCGGAAAGGAUUGCAUCGUGAUUGGUGUGGAGAAGAAGUCUAUUCCAGCCCUUCAAGAUGAUCGCACGAUUCGUAAAAUUCACAUGAUCGACGACCACGUUAUGCUUGCCUUCGCUGGACUGUCUGCUGAUGCUCGUGUUCUCGUUGACCGGGCUCGCAUCGAGUGCCAAUCAUACAAGUUGACGCUCGAAGAUCCUGUCACAGUCGCUUACAUCUCGAGAUAUAUUGCUAACACAAAGCAGCGGUUCACCCAAUCCCCGGGACGCCGUCCAUUCGGAAUCUCCAUGCUUAUUGGAGGAUUCGAUCAUGAUGGAACUCCGCGCCUUUUCAAAACCGAACCAUCAGGAGCCUAUUAUGAGUACGUCGCUAACUCGACUGGAAGAGGAGAAAAGCCAGUGCGCGAAUAUCUUGAAGAGCACUACAGCGAGGAAACUACAGCUGACGAAGCCACCACUCUCAAGCUGGUCGUCAAGUCAUUGGCUCAGGUUGUUCCACCAGGAUCACAGAACAUUGAGAUUGCUGUUAUGAAAAAAGUCAAUGAUGAGCUUCAACAACGUGUGUUGACGAUUGAAGAAAUCGAAGCACUUCUGAAGGUUGUGGAAGCUGAACGAGUUGCUGCUGAGGCUGAAGAGGCUGCAUCCAAGAAAAAGUAG